UAAUCGUCUGAAUAUAAUUGCUUGAUCAGGAUUUGUCACGCCAGGUAUCUUCACGCUCCUACUAUAUCAGUGUCAAAAUAGGGUUUAACCAGCUUAGACCUGGAAAAAUAAUGGAAUUUAAAGUAGUGUGGAUAUUGGCUGUGUUUUUGUUUUGUUAUAGAUGUUCUGCACUCUCUAUUAAUGACAAACUGGACUUUGGAGGCCGCUCAUCAAAUCAUGCUUCGUUGACUGAUAACCAUCAUGGAGUUCAUAUAAAUACUUUUACACCAGUCACAAGGUCUUCAACGUCUUUAAACGUAGACAAUAAGGAUGCAUUAGAUAAAAUAUCUAGUGCUUGCACGUCUGAAGGAUGUAAUGUAACCAAAUCCACGAAUGAUCCAAAUGAUACUAUUAAAACUGAUGUUGUAAUACACAUAGAAUCAAAUCUAGAUUUAAAACCCAAUAAUGAUAAAGCUAUAUCGUUAGGUAAUAUACCAGAUGAUACACCAGAUGUACCGAUAAUUACAGGUACUGACAGUUCUAAUCCCAAUAACGCAUUUAAUACAGAUCAAAAAUCAAUCUUUAUCCCAGGUAACCAACCAAGCUAUCCUUCAAAUGUUUAUAGAAACAUGUAUGGGCCAUCAUAUUCAUCUAGUACAUCCCCCAAUUUGUUUAAUCCAAACAGAAGGUAUGAUUAUCCCAACAAUUACCAAGGUGGAAACUCUUGGAAUUCGCCCACCACAAUGCAAAUGGCUGAUCCUAACAGAAAUAUGGUAGUUCCGCAUUAUAACAAUGGAAUAGAAGUAACGAUACCACGCUUUGAUCCUACUCUACAUAAUCACUAUUUUGGAGAACACCCACCUCCCCAGUCUGCCAUUUAUUCGAGGAGAACUAGUAUAAUGAAUCCAGUUGAGUUUAAAAUCAUGAGACCUGUAUGGCAACCAUCUUCCUGGCAGCAUUUGAUGAAUAACUAUAGAUACAACACCAUGCCGCGUGCCAUGAGCAGAGGAAUCCAUUGUGAAUGUGGACAUACCGCUGGGAAUGUCCAGUUACAGUCAAAUUUAAAUAGACAGCUUAAUUUACAUCAUUCUGGUGUAGGGAGUUCUAUUACCGAUCCAGGAGCUCAGAUUAACGAUAAACUAGGUUCAUUAAAUUAAGAUCACAAAAUAAACGCAACAAAAGAAUUAAAACAAAUGUUUUGUUAAACAGUAUUAAAAUAUUGGAAGUAAAAUUAAAAUAAAGUGUAAUUAAAAACUUA